AUGCGGACAGAGCGACUCCAAGGAGUCCAAAGGCGACUUGUCUUCGGCGGCGUCGUCGGCUCGCGGCGAAGACGGCCGUCGUCACUCUCCUCUGCAAGCCAACGGCCGGCCCAUCUCCUUCCGGCCCAAGCACAAGUCCAGAUCCCACACACUCGCUGUUGCUGGCUCGGCGCACAUUUAGCCACAAAUUUUUCAACGGUUCAUCACAAUUAG